GCAGUCACGUGAUGCUGGGCGCAUGACGCGCUGCGAUCAGGGAAAUGGAGACUGGACGCAGCCUGAGCAGGAGGAGUGUUGGUUGACCUGAGGAAAAAGUGAACGUUAAACGGAAAUAUGAAGGACGCGGCGCUUGCUAACAUGUGAGAUUGGUGGAAAAAGGAGUGUUUUGUUUAGCAGCCUGGCAAGUUAGGGAGGCGGACCGCAAAAGUGAGUUAGCAGUGCUGAGCGAUGUAGCAUGUAGCUAAGCCAAACCCUCAAGUUGAAGAUGGACUAAGUUCGCCGUUAUAAGUGUAUUCGACUGUGUAGUCUGUUUUUUUUUUUUAUUUGGAGGCGUGUAAAUAAUUUAGCUGUGUUGACGUCUGUGUCUAAACACUGGAGUCUCCGCCUGCCCUUGCUUGGCUCCACUUGGUUAACUAAGUUAGUUAGCCAACUAGCUAAACUUGCAGCCCAACAAUAAUGUGAAUGUGGAAAAACAUGCUCGUCAUAUCCAGUCAUUCUUCUCUAAGUUAUUUACUGGCUGCCACAGCUACAGCUUUUGUUUUUGCAAUGCCUGGAUAAAAGCCAAAAAAAAAAAAAAAAAAAAACUUUCCCAAGUUUCUGCGAUAAGACCUUGGCUUGGAACUCAUUGGAAGAGGAUUCAAGGAAAAAGGUUCCGGACUUUGAACACGCGUGUCCGCCAGAAUAUUUCAUUCUUCGCAAUGUGGCUCCAGCAAAGACUAAAAGGCCUCCCUGGGUUGCUGUCAAGUAGCUGGGCCAGGAGGCUUCUUGUAGGACUUCUUCUACUCCUUAUUUUUUAUUGGUAUCUUAGUUCGGAUGGCAUUGUGAAGUUUCUGAUGAGCUCAGGGGAACCAGGUGGGGCGACCGGGCUCUGCCUGCACACCGAAAUCCAAAGGUGGAAGCCGCUUGUCGACUGGGGCGACGGGGUGGUCAUCGGUCCCCAGAAUAAAGCGGUGGUACCCGCUGUGGUGGGAAACGGACACUUCUUGGUUGACAUUGACACCAACAGGCUUUGGGUGGCGCCCUCCUCCCAGCCCGGGUCGGCUCCGGUCCAUCAGACGGAGUACUUGCCUGUCGUUGGCCUGGAGAUCCAAGGGAAGCGUAGCGAAGCACGUGCCCAGUUGAUUUUUUUCCGGAAGGGCUCUGUGAUGUCUGUUCGGUGUGUUUCAGCAGGAAGUUCUCAGUCAGCCCGGGACUGCGUCACCGUGAGGGAGGAGUUUGUGGCUCACCGCAGCCGACCCAAUGUGUACCUCCAGAGGAUCCACAUCACCAACCCCACCGAGCGCACGGUGACCCUGGACGUAUCCUCAGUGGUGCCCUCGUACGGGAGCAAGUUCUCAUCCAGCCUGGAGAAGACGGAGGAAAGGGAGUUCAUCCUUUCCUCAGGCAGGGUGCUGACAGAGAAGAACCACAUCGUCCUGGUAGUGGUGGCCACCAAGAAGCUAGCCAGCGUGCUGCAUGUCACAGCCAAGUCUGAGUACAGAGAAAACAUGAUGUCUGUGGUCCUCACAUCUGAGCCAAUCGACUCCUCUAAGGUAGAGGAGACGUUCACCCAGCUUAAGGACGGAGCCAAGAAGGAGAUGGGGGAGUUGUUCCGCGCCAGUGUGGACGAUCUGAUUCAAGAGCACCAACAAGCCUGGAUGGACCUCUUCAUAUCUGGAGUGGAGAUGCGGAAGAUCACGGACUCCCACACGCCGUCCAGUCACACGGUGAACACCACCCUGUACUACGUCCUCUCUGCGUCUGCAGCGCCCCUGCUGGACAGGAAGGUCAGCACGGAGGAGCAUGAGAGGCUGGAGUCUAGCCUGAACUACGCAGACCACUGCUUCAGCGGUCAUGCCACUAUGCACGCAGAGAACCUGUGGCCGGAGCGUGUGAGCAGCGCAGCGCAGGCCCUGCAGCUGGUCACCCUGUGGAACCUGACCCUGCAGAAGCGUGGCUGCAAGGCGCUGGUGGCGGCCGGCGUCCACGGUGUCAUGCAGGGCAUGGUGCUCAGCUUCGGCGGCCUCCAGUUCACAGAAAACCACCUGCAGUUCCAGGCCGACCCCGACGUGCUCCACAACAGUUACUCGCUGCGCGGCAUCCAUUACAACAAGGACCUCAUCAACCUGGCCGUGCUGCUGGACACUGAGGGCAAGCCCUUCCUCCACGUGUCCGUCAAACCACAGGAGAAACCCGUCAAGCUGUACGCCUGCGAGGCAGGCUGCACCAAUGAGCCUGUAGAGCUCACCUCGGAGCCCAAGGGCCACACGUUCCCAGUGAUGGUGACCCAGCCCAUCACACCCCUGCUGUACAUUUCCACCGACCUGACGCACCUGCAGGAUCUGCGGCACACCUUGCACGUGAAGGCCAUCCUGGCGCACGAGGACCACAUGGCCAAGCAGUAUCCUGGCCUCCCUUUCCUGUUCUGGUUCAGCGUGGCCUCCCUCAUCACGCUCUUCCACCUGUUCUUGUUCAAACUUAUCUACAACGAGUACUGCGGACCCGGCGCUAAGCCGCUCUUCAGGAGUAAGGUUGAUCCCACUAUUUGAAACCUAACAGAUGCCCACCUGGAAAAGGGAUUCCUGGUGGCUGACAAAAUUCUGCAGAAGUCUUUGAGGAGGAUGAACUAUGAUCAUUCUGUCUUGGAUCAGUUUUCUGAAAUCCUUUCUCUUUGAUUUAUACCGCCCCCAUCACAAUACAAGUAUACUACCAAAACAGAUUACUUUUAAAUGUCCAAGUAAAAACCGCACUGAUGACAGCUUUGGCUUACAUUCAGUGUAUAGCCUCCUGAGACCCAGCAAGAAUGAUUUUUUUCGAUAAAUUUCAAGGAAGUAGUCCAAGCUCCACCCCCAAACAAGUAGAAUAACUUCAAAGAAUAAAAUGCCCUCUAUUAAAUGCAGAAGGAUGUAGAAUUGUUGCAAAUAUCCUCUUGGGUGGACAACAAAGAAUGGCUGAGUCCAGGAGGAUAUUAAAUGAUCCUCUUGUAUGUAAACUGAUUUGGUACCUGUUAUUUAUUAAAUUCUUUGGCAUACUUCUGGGUGGGGCUUUCAGUGUGUGUUUGCUGUGUAUUCUCAAGCUAUUAUUAAUGAUGCUUCUCCAAUGUGGAGACAAACUGCUCUUUUUUUCAGGCCGCAAGCCACGCAGAACACGGCGUUCGCAGUGACUAUCACGUUACACACGGCACACUUCUCGGGCCCAACCAAUUUCACCCUGACCUGUUUUUUGGAGCUGCGGACAAUGCGGCUCCUGUUUAGUACGGUAAACUGGAAACACUGACCUUCUCCAAGCUGGAGCACAAGUAGCUUGCAGAGUUAACUUGAAUUGAACGUAUCUUCCAGAAAGCUUGUUGAAAUGUUUAAUAGGUUAUUGAAAUAUGACAUAGCUUAGAGCAGACAGAUGUAAAGACUUGUUUAGCGGAGAAACUGCACUAGUCCAGAUGAACCGAAGAAGCUAAACAAUUUAGCAGAAUAUGUAGGAGGUUGGAAAAGGACAUAUUGUCUGCUCGUAAUGGUUAAUUUUGCUAAAUAAUAAAAUAUACUUAAUAAAACAUUGAACUGAAUGUAUACGUACUUUUCUCAGGGGAAACAAAACUAUUAUUUUGUCUGGGUAAAUGGAGGCACACCCACUACAUAAAUAAAUGUCUUGCACACAAGUAUGCUAUUAUAAAACAUCUUGUAUGUAAUAUUGAGACUGUUAUUAGCUGGUGACUAUACGGUAACCAGUACGGUUUAAUUCCCGGCUUUACUCUGCAUUUUCACUGUCUUGUUUUCACACGUUUCCCAU